CUGUUUAGAAAAAAUCAAAAUGAAAUUAUUUUGUAAUUUAGUUACCAGUUUAAAAAAUCCUUCACCUUGCUUGCUUAAAUUCUGUCCAUGGGCAUCAGGAAAAGUGCCAUAUGAAAAAUAUUCAAACUUUUAUUCACUUGCUGGAGCACAACAAAGAUGUUUUUCCAAUGUGUUUUUGUAUGAUAAAAUCAUGAAAUUUAAUAGAAGGCCUCAUUCUAGUCUUUCUCAGUUUGUCUCAAAUGAGAAUAAUAAUGGUUAUGUAAAUAAUACUACAGUACUGAGUAGUGGCAGAAUAGUUUGCAGAAGUCUGCAUUCCUAUGGGCCACUAUUCAAAACGCUGCGCUCCAUCAAUUCACCUUACGGUGAACUGAAGAGAAGGCAGAAAGCUGAGAAGAAAGCACAAGAAAAAGCAGAAAAGGAUGCCAAGCUGGCUGCUGCUGCUUCAACUGCUAGUGCAUCAAAGGGUAACAAAAAAGAUGAUGAGGAGGAAAUCAGCCCCAAUGAGUAUUACAAAUUGAGGACCCAACUUAUUCAGCAGAAGAAAGAUGCUGGCGAGAAGGUUUAUCCUCACAAGUUCACUGUGAGCACAAGCCUUGGAGACUUCCUGAAUAAAUAUGAGCACCUGAAAGUAGAAGAGUGCGCUGAGCAAGACGUAGUCACUGUGGCCGGCCGUGUACAUGCCAUCAGAGAGGCCGGUCACAAGCUCAGGUUUUAUGACCUGCGAGGAGAGGACCACAAACUUCAGAUUUUGGCAAACAUGAAAUUCUACGAGAGUGAGGAAGCUUUUCUCCCUGAUUGUGACAAGAUAAGACGUGGAGACGUGGUGGGUGUGCGUGGGGUUCCGACCAGGUCCAAGGCCGGUGAACUUUCUAUCCGACCUUUGAAAAUUGAAGUACUCACACCCUGCCUGCACAUGUUACCUCACUUGCAUUUUGGUGUCAAAGAUCAGGAAACGAGGUACAGGCAACGCUAUCUUGACCUCAUCAUCAAUUCCGAAUCUCGCAAGAAGUUAAUCGUGCGGUCAAACAUCAUCUCGUACACGAGAAGGUUCUUUGAUGACAUGGGAUUCUUAGAGGUUGAAACUCCCAUGAUGAAUAUGAUAGCUGGAGGAGCAACUGCCAAGCCUUUUGUGACGCAUCACAAUGAGCUAGACAUGGACUUGUUCCUCCGAGUAGCACCCGAACUAUAUCUUAAGAUGCUCGUGGUCGGCGGUAUUGACCGCGUGUAUGAAAUAGGUAAACAGUUUCGUAAUGAAGGAAUCGACCUGACCCAUAACCCCGAGUUCACGACGUGCGAGUUCUAUAUGGCCUAUGCAGACUACAAUGAUUUGAUAGAGCUCACUGAGACUUUGUUAUCUGGAAUGGUUCAUAGCAUUUUUGGUUCUUAUAAGGUCCAAUUCCAGCCCAGUGGUCCUGAAGGUGAAACGUGGGAAAUUGAUUUCCAACCUCCAUACAAACGUGUCAACAUGUUCCCUGAGUUGGAAAAGAUUCUCAAUACCAAACUACCUUAUCCCACUCAGCUGCACACGGACGAAGCACGCAAGAUUCUCAACGAUUUGUGUGAGAAGCACAACGUGGAGUGUUCGCCUCCUCGCACGGCAGCGCGCCUGUUGGACAAGCUCGUGGGCGAGUUCUUGGAGGAGCGGUGCAUCAACCCAACAUUCAUCAUGGAUCAUCCGCAAGUGAUGAGUCCUUUAGCCAAGUAUCAUCGUUCUGUACCUGGGCUCACCGAACGCUUCGAGUUGUUUGUAGCCAAGAAAGAAAUCUGCAACGCCUACACUGAACUAAAUGAUCCCCUUGACCAGAGAGCUCGGUUUGCCCAGCAGGCUAAAGAUAAAGAUGCUGGUGACGACGAGGCGCAACUCAUUGAUGAAAACUUCUGCACAGCUCUUGAAUACGGGCUUCCCCCCACUGCUGGCUGGGGCAUGGGAAUGGAUAGACUCGCUAUGUUCCUUACUAACUCCUACAACAUCAAGGAGGUCAUCUGCUUCCCUGCCAUGAAGCCUGACGACCAGAAGAAGAAAGAAGAAGCGGCUCCUGAUGCUGUCAAUGGAACCAGCUAAAGGCUAUGAUAAAUGCACUGACUUAAUGAUAAAUUUCUCGUAAUCCGUG